ACACUAGGAGGAGCUGGUGAGCCACAGCAGAGUACAGGAAGCGUUUCCUUCUCAUGUUGUGUAAUGAGAGCAGACGCAGUGCCAACUGCAGAUUAUAGCUAAGAAUGACCGACAAUGAUUUUAAACUCCUCUUAAAAAGGUUUUAUGAAUUACAAGCUGAACGUGUGGAGACAUACCAUCUUUUUGAUGAGGGGCAUCAGGCAUACAUGAAAUCUGGUCCACACUAUGACUUUAUGCAAUACCGGAUGCUGGUGCAUGAGAUCACACAGGCUUUCAAUGGCAUCAGCAAAGAGAUUAUCCAGAUGAAGGAUCGGUUUCGGGAAGUAUAUGAUCGGUCAGAUCUCUCAGAACACCUAGAAAAGAUUCAGGAGCUAGAGAAAGAGAAAUUAUCUUUGACAGCUAGGCUGCAGUUAGCCAAACAGAAUGCCCAAGACCACCCCAGUGAGGAGUCCUACGAAGAGGAGAUGCGGCAACUAAAACAUAAGAUAAUUAAAACCGUGGAAGCAAUCAGUGAAGUACUGCAAGAUUUCAAGUACGACUGUGAAGAAAUACAAUGACGUCUCCCUCUUUGGAAGGCACAAAGAGAAAAUGGGGCCCAGUCCGGUGCGCUUCUUUGAAUCUGCACUACAACAGAGCCAUUUCAUCUGCUGCCCUCUUGGAUGGCAUUCUGGUUGUUUAUUAAUAGGUGCUUCUGCUUUCCAGCCAUGGCAGGGAAUGCCGUUUAUUGCACAGCAUCUUCUAUCCAUUUGCUCUUGGGUCUUAAUCUGCAGUUCUUUUCAAUAAAUGUUUUUAUAGGGUAUGUGUAAAAUGCCUUAUGAUCUGUUUCCAGUAAGACAACCUUUUAUUUUUAUCUUCAUCGCUAAAAAAAUAAGGCUGCAGCCACAGUUAUAUUGUUUUUGCACAGUUUAAGUUAACUUGCAGUAAGAGACUUGUAGAGACUGCCAUUACUGACCAUCUUCUGCUUCUACUACUCAAUCUCUGACAUGUAGCACAACAUGCCUUCAGUAAAAUCAGAAUGUUGACAGAACUCCUGAGUUGCAUACUUGAUCUAGGUCAGUGAGUCAAAAAUCUAGUGCCACUGGAUCAGCUUGACAGCCAUCAACUGAAACUAGUUUGCAGAAGAAAAAGUGACCAAUGGCAGCUUUUAUGAUUCUCCUUCAUAUUUUUAGCUUUCUUAGAUUAGUCUUAGAUUUUCUAUUUGUAUGUAUUGAUUUAUUGAUCUGCAGUGGUAGGAGUUAUAUGUUUUUUUAUGGGUCAAAUCUGCAAAUUAAUACCGAUAUUGUGGUCUUCAACACCUCUGUUUUAAUAUACUAUAAUAAAUAAAAAACUACCACAAAUAUA